GUGCCGUGUAGGUAGCAAACGUAGCAGCCCUUCACGUGCCUGUCUGCCGUAAGUCUGAGGUCUUGUGCUGCCACGCUUCAACACGCGCAGAACAUCCUCUCCAAACAUCUCCUGCUCUCCAUCCUCAUCAACGCAGUAGACCGCGCCGUCAUCAUGGACUCUGACUACGCAGACCAGGAUGAUUCGGACGACGAACGCGGCGAGGACAUGGCGAUGCCUGCUUCCAGCCUCAGCCAACGUCGCAAGAGGCAGAGGGAAGUCUUCGAGAAGUGGCUGGUCAGUCGUGCUGGCCAAGAGGCAAUCAAGCCCAAGACCAAAGACUCCAAACCUAUUGAGGUGGCCGACGAGGAGCUGUCACUCUCUUCCCUCAUGUCAAAGGACUCCCUCGUCAUCCGCAAUCCCAGAGAUUAUCAACUGGAGCUAUUCGAGCGUGCCAAGAAGGAGAACACCAUCGCUGUCCUCGACACUGGCUCGGGCAAAACGCUGAUCGCCGUUCUCCUGCUUCGCUGGGUCAUUGAUCACGAGCUGGAGCAUCGUGCCGCCGGAGGAACUCCCAGGAUAUCCUUCUUCUUGGUGGCCUCGGUCACCUUGGCUUAUCAACAAUCUGCGGUCCUCAAGAGCAACCUUGAUCACGAGGUGACGCGAGUUUGCGGUACCGACAACGCAGAUGCGUGGAAGAAAUCGAGAUGGCUUGAAUUGUUUGCCACCAACAAGGUCAUUGUAUGCACUGCCGCCAUACUUGCAUCAUGUCUCUCCAAGGGUUAUAUCACGAUGAAAGAGAUCAAUCUCUUGAUCUUCGACGAAGCCCACCACGCGAAGAAGAAUCACGACUAUGCUCGGAUCGUCAAGGACUUCUACCUGCAAGCGGAGCCGCCCGACCGUCCCCGGAUCUUUGGUAUGACGGCAAGCCCCAUCGACGCCAAAGCCGACGUUGUUCAAGCAGCUACCGAACUGGAAACUCUUCUGCACUCGAAAAUUGCAACCACCAGAGAUGUUUCUCUUACGGGCGCCGUGACACGGCCUACAGAGCUACUUCUGCGCUACUCCCGCCUCAGCCAGCCAUUUGCGACCGAUCUUUUGCAAACAACAAAAGCCAAGCACGGCCAUAUUCACACUUUCCAGACGUACUUCGAAAAGUCCCCCGUCAUCGCUCGGGAACUGGGCAGUUGGUGUGCCGAUCAGUUUCUGAUGGAGAAAUUGAGCGAAAAGCGACUGCGCCUGCACGAGUUGUCCACCGAGCGUAGGUUCCGAGCUCGCUCUGCUCAAGACGAAGAAAGACAUGAACUCGACGCCGCCCUUGCUGAGCUAAAGCCCGCGAUCGCUUUCAUGGACGACGUUCGAGACAAGUCUGCAACUCUCGCAAUUAAUCAUUCAAUGCUGAGCUCAAAGGUGAUUGAGUUGAAAGCAUACUUGGACUACCAGUUCGAAAGGCCAACGUCUCAGCGCUGCAUCGUCUUUGUGGACCGGAGAGACUCCGCCCGACUGCUGGCAUCUCUGUUCCAGAAGAUUGGAACGGAACACAUGAAGUCUGCCUUCUUGAUCGGCGGUGCCAGUGAACCAGACGAAGACGCCUUCUCCGUCAGACAACAAGUGAUGACCCUCAUCAAGUUUCGUGGCGGCAGCAUCAACUGUCUGUUCGCAACAAGCGUUGCAGAGGAGGGCUUGGACGUUCCGGAUUGCAACCUGGUCAUCCGCUUCGACAUGUACAAAACAAUGAUUCAGUUUGUGCAGUCCCGUGGCAGGGCUCGUCAGAAAAACUCCCGAUUUGUCCACAUGCUCGAGAUGAGAAACUCGAUCCACGAACAGCUGGUGCAAGAGGUGCGGUACCAGGAGAUCGUCAUGCGCCAGUUUUCGCAAGCCAUGCCAGAAGACCGCAGACUAGUUGGCAGCGAGGACUGCCUAGAGAGUUUGAUGGCCAAAGAACAAGGAUUGCGCGUCUACAUCGACCCGACCACCGGUGCAAAACUGACGUACAAUAAUGCUCUUGUGUACCUGGCCAAUUUCGUCUCCGCAAUACCGACGGAAUCGAAUGAGCCACAACAUCCCACGUACAUCGUUACCUCACGCGGACCCAAGUUCAUCUGCGAAGUUCUGCUGCCCGGGGGUGGGCCCGUUCCGCUUCGUUCGACCAUUGGGCGCCUGUGCUCCAAAAAGGCCAUUGCGAAGCGAUCUGCUGCCUUCGAGGCAUGCAUCGAGCUGAGGAAGCGUCUAUAUCUGGACGAGCAUUUGAUGCCAACGUAUCAAAAGAAGUUGCCGGCGAUGCGGAAUGCACUCUUGCCCGUCAGCGCGCACAAGACGAAUCAGUAUCUCAUGCGAACCAAGCCAUCUCUUUGGGAACACAUGAGAGGGACGUUGCCGUUGGAGCUGUGGAUGACAAUUCUCGAGUUUCCCGAUGGACUCGACAGGCGAUGCCAACCCAUAGCACUGCUGACGAGGUCUCGUCUGCCCGACUUCCCAAGCUUUUCACUAUUUCUGAACGAUGGCCGCGAAACGAAGCUGAGAUCUCAGCAGCUGCAACACCCUCUGCAACUGGGCACGACGGAUCUUCAAGACAUCGCAGGGCUUGAUUCUCUGACUGGCACUCCGAAGAGCUGCAACUCGACUCCAUUUCGUCGCGAAGAAGUCGUGAAUAAACUGACUGCAUUUACUUUGCGUGUGUUUAAAGAUGUUUUCAGCAAGACUUUCGAAGAGGAUGCUGCUAGCUUCUCCUAUUGGUUCGCGCCAAUAAGAGCGAAGAGUGUGAUAAUCCCUCACAUGCGCGCAGAUGCGGCCAUAGACUGGAAUACGGUUGAAGAAGUAUGUCACAACAACUCAUAUCCAUGGAAGCCCGACACUCCCGCGAAGACCUUGGUAGACCGUUUUCUCGUCGACAAAUGGGACGGCGGCAGAAAGUUCUACUCCACGGCAGUGAGCGACACCCUCAGACCACUCGACCCGGUUCCGCUGGAUGCGGCAAAGGCCAAACACAAUGAGAAUAUCCUUGGCUAUACCGUCAGCCUUUGGAAAAAGGCCCGCGAAAUGGCUGUGUGGAAUCCCGAUCAACCUGUCAUUGAAGCGGAAAAGAUGCUUUUCCGUCGAAAUCUCCUUGCCAAACCAGAGGAUAAGGAAACGCAGGUCAGCACGAAGGCAUACCUCUGCCCCGAGCCCCUGACAAUAUCGGCUUUGCGUCCCGCCAUCGUGGUCUCCUGUCUCACAUUGCCAGCGAUCAUUCACCGUUUCGAAUCCUACAUGAUUGCACUCGAAGCCUGCCAGCUGACGAGCAUCCCAUGCGCGCCUGCGCUCGCGUUAGAGGCAAUGACGAAAGACUCCGAUCACACCGACGAACAUGACAAACCCGCGCAAAUCAAUUUCAAACGAGGCAUGGGUAACUCCUAUGAAAGGCUGGAGUUCUUGGGAGAUGCAUUCCUCAAGACAGCGACGACAGUUUCAACGUUCAUCCAGAACCCCACCGGCAACGAGUUUGAAAUGCACGUUCGACGCAUGCAGCUCUUAUGCAACAAAAACCUGUUCAACGUGGCCCUCGAGCUGAAGUUGUACGAAUACAUACGUACCAUGUCCUUCUCUCGGCGACUGUGGUAUCCCGAAGGCCUAAAUCUCUUGCAUGGGAAAGGAUCGAACAAGCAUGAAGAAUUCGCAGUCAUCAAACACGGGCUGGCCCACAAGACGAUCGCGGAUGUGUCGGAGGCACUGAUCGGAGCGGCUUUCAUGAGCCACGAUAGGCCAGGCGAGCAGUGGCAUGAGCAGCAGUGGGAAAAUGCAGUGCACGCGGUCACCAAGCUGACGACACUAUCGAGGCGCGACGAUCCAGAAACACCGGUUCAUCUCAUGGAGAAGUGGGACGACUACCGGAAAGCGUAUAACAAGCCAGCCUACCAAACGGCCAUUUCGACUGCCUCUCAACGCGAUCUCGUGGAGAAAGCUGCUCGCGAACAUCCAUACCGCUUCAAACAUCCGUCGCUUCUUCGUGUCGCGUUCAUCCAUCCAUCCCAGCCGUUCAGCGAAGAAAACUUGCCAAAUUACCAGAGGCUCGAGUUCCUCGGCGACAGCUUGCUUGAUCUCGCCAGUAUCACACAUAUCUUCUACCGAUUCGCCGACAAAGAUCCCCAAUGGCUGACGGAACACAAAAUGGCCAUGGUCUCGAACAAAUUUCUCGGCUGCGUCUGCGUCAACCUGGGUUUCCACAAGCAUCUGCGACAUGCUCACGGCACUCUCGAACACCAGAUUACAGCAUACGUGACCGAACUGCUCGAAGCGAAGAGUACCGCUGGAGACAGCAGAGACUACUGGACAACCGUGGCCGAUCCGCCCAAGUGCUUGCCAGACAUUGUCGAAUCCUUCGUCGGAGCCAUGUUCAUCGACUCCGAUUUCGAUUACAACGUGGUGCAGGACUUUUUCGAUAGGCACAUCAAGUGGUACUUCGAGGAUAUGAGCAUCUACGAUUCCUACGCCAACAACCAUCCGUGUACUCACUUUUACAAUCUGAUUCAAGUGACGUACGGAUGUCAAGAUUACGCUCUCUUCACCAAACCAAUCCCGAGCGUGGACGGCCUGGAGCUGGACACCCCCGACGUGGUCGCCGUUGUCAUCAUUCACGACGAGGUCAUUGCUAAUUCCACGGGCAAAUCGGGCAGGUAUGCCAAACUGCGCGUUGCAAACCAAGCGAUUGAGGUCAUCGAGGGUCUGGCGCCAUAUGAGUUUCGCGCACGUUUCGGCUGCAACUGCCAACACGGAGGAGGCGAAGGUGUGGACGCUGGAGCAAGCGGGAUCGAGCUGCCCGGGGAUCCAAAAGGCCUCGGAGAAGGAGUGAACGUGGAGUGGAAGGGUGUGGAGGAGCAUUGAGGAUCAGUCGCGUCGAUUCGGGAGAAGUACAGUAUCGAUGCAUAUCCUGCACAGUCUCGUAGCGAACCCGUAUUACACUCUGAUGACAAUAAACGAGAGGUAAGUCUAUAUGGCAUAUGGCAGUACUAGCCAUGUUCGAUGCCCGCUAUGCAAUUCGAAAGCAUGCCCACCAUGCAGCAUCAAUUUCA